UGGCUGUCCCCGCUCCCGGAGGUGCCACCCCCGGGCCCUGCGCUGCUCUGGGCGGGGGCGCGCAGGGACCCGGGGCCGCGCCGCCGCCGCCGCCGCCUCCCCGCCGCGCCCGCCCUUAAAAGCGGCGGCGGCUCCGGUGCAGCGCCCGCGGCGGCGCUCCCGGCACGGCCCGGGAUGGGCUCCGCGCACUCCGUGCCCGCCGAGAUGCGGGAGCUGGCGGACAGGACGGGCUUCACCUCAGAGCAGAUCGAGCACCUGCACCGGCGCUUCAAGCAGCUGAGCCAGGACCAGCUGACCAUCAGGAAGGAGAACUUCGACAGCAUUCCCGACCUGGAGUUCAACCCCAUCCGGGCGAAAAUCGUCCACGCCUUUUUUGACAAGCGGAACCUGCGGCAGGAGUCGGACGGGCUGGCGGAUGAGAUCAACUUCGAGGAUUUCCUGACCAUCAUGUCCUACUUCAGACCCAUCGAGAUGAACAUGGACGAGGAGCAGCUGGAUCGCUUCCGCAAGGAGAAGCUGAAAUUCCUGUUCCACAUGUACGACUCGGACCACGACGGCAAGAUCACGCUGCAGGAGUACAGAAAUGUGGUGGAGGAGCUGCUGUCAGGGAACCCCCACCUGGAGAAGGAGUCAGCUCGCUCCAUCGCCGACGGGGCCAUGAUGGAGGCAGCCAGCAUCUGUGUGGGACAAAUGGUGGGAGCCCGGGCUGGGGGCUGCUCCCCUGCUCUGCCCUGGCCCCACAGGGCCCGGACCAGGUGUACGAGGGCAUCACCUUCGAGGAUUUCCUUAAGAUGUGGCAGGGCAUCGACAUCGAGACCAAGAUGCACGUGCGCUUCCUCAACGUGGACACCAUCGCUCACUGCUACUGAGGAGGGGCAGCAGCAGGAGGAGGAGGAGGAGGAGGAGGAGGAGGAGGAGGAGGAGGAGGAGGAAGAGGCCCCAGCAGCAGCAGCUCCAUGUCCUGGCACCUGGCUCCCAGCUCCAUGGCUCUGCCCCACCCGUGUGGCUGAUCCACGCUGGGGCUGCCCUCUGCUCUCUAGAAACAUCAGAGGCUUUUAUCUGUAAUAAAAAAAUAUUUCUCUUUUUAGUCCUUGCUG